AUGCUUUGUUUAGCCAUAUUCAUACCAAUUAUACAAUCAACAUUAACAUACACAACAGUGACGUUACCACAUAUUACUCAUUAUUGGAAGACCACAGAAGAAUUCGAUAAAGUCGACGACUACUGGAACCAUGGGCCAGUAUACAUACCUGGCUUCCAAUAUGUUUUUACUCCAUCUAGUAAAGCUAGUGAUAUAUUCCCGUCAUGGAUGAGAAGUACUACUCGAAGUACGGAAGAUAUCAAACAUGUUAUAACAGAAAGUGUAACUCCAUUUAAUACUACUACUAGUACUACUAUUACUAAUACUACUACUACAGCAACAACAGCAACAACAAUUCUAGUAGAAUCACUAGAAUCUCCAAAAACAGAAAGUGAACCAACUGAUAAAACAGCAACAAUUGAUGAGACUUUACUAACUGUAAAAAUGGAUAAGACAACAGCAAGUGAAUCAAUAGCAUCAACUAUAACAACAGAACAUAUAUCAACAACCCAACUAAGUGAAUCAGAUGAGGAUGAGACAAAAGUUCCGUUUUCAGUGUUUUUGAGGAAACUAUUCAGAAGAUUGUCACUCAAAAGCCUCUCCGAAUUGCCGGCGUUGGUUGAGCCGUUUGUCACCUACGUCAAGGCAUUAGCAGAUGAUCAAUUAAAAUAUCUGGGUGAUGUGAUAAUUCCCUUUGUAAAAAAGGCCGCACGGAAUAUUAUAAGAAUGACAAGUACGCCUGACGUAUUGCAUGCAAGAGUUUACCAAAUAUACAACGCGCUGUCCAUACGCGACUUGGCGUUGGACACCGAUCUCCUCGACCUGCUGAACACUUUAGACGACACGUUCGACGAGACUGAAAAGGGGUUUAUGCAGAGUACUCUGCACGACGUUAAACUGUUCCCUAAAUCAAGUAAAACUGGCCGGGAGAUCGCUCUUGAUUUACUUGAUAAUGUUAUUUUAGCAGCAAUAAGGAGAAUAAAUGGAACAUCAAAAGGUGAAACUCUGUAUUUAAUGGUAAUAGACAUAAUAGAAAACAGAAAGGCGAGAUAUGGCAGGCGAAGCCUCAAAAAAAUAUCUGGACAUCAAAGAGAUUAUUAUGAAAAAGCAAAUAGUGAUACAUAUUACAGAAGGCACAGGAAAAAGAUACCAGUAAAUAACCGGUGUGAGAAUAAAACUCGAACUGAAGCUAAUACGAUAAGGUCACAGGCAAUAUACCAAACAGUAAGGAAUAAUUUAGAGGAUAAACAUAAAUUUAGGGAUAAAGUCGUAAGAUCGGCAUCAGAAACCAAAGAAGACGAAUUAGGGGACCUGUUUCGAGAGAAUCAAGAUAAUAUAGACGAGACAGUACUAUCUCCUUUGCGACAUUCACAAAGAAGAAUGAAGCAUCAGAAACAUUUAAGAAACCAUCGUUAUAGACAUAAACAUACAACUAAAAGACACAGAUAUAAACAUGGCCAUAUACACAAAUACCCGCAAGGGAAAAGAAAAUACGAAAGUUUAAAACAUAAAUAUGAAAGAUUAAAAGAUAUAUUAGCUGCACAGGAAGUAAAUUUCGAGUAUAAUCUCUAGCCAGAAGAAAAUAAAAAGGAUGUUGAUAUAGAUAUGAAACAAGCAGAUAUGAAAAUCUUAUAUCCGGAAAGUGUUUAUAUUAGU